GUUGUACCGCCAUAUUGUGUAUGCAACGCGGGUCAGUGGUGCGUGUGUGAGCAUUUUAUAAGCAUUUUCAUCAAAAAACAGUGCGUGUGUUUCUAGAAACUGUAUGAAUUCAUAAAUCAUGGAUCCAGCAAAAUUAAAAGUAGUCGAAUUACGAUCCGAGCUUUCGAAACGAGGGCUGGAUACAAAGGGUAACAAGGCGGUCCUCGUUGAGCGGCUUCGCCAGGCGCUAGACGAUGAGUCUGGCAAUGAACCAACUGAACGAGUGGAAUCGAGUCCAGAGCAAGAGAAUGAACGUGAAAAAACGCCAGAACCGCCAAAACCGGCGAAGACGCCAUCAAGGCCGAUGCGCAGCACAAGACACCAGGAACAAUCACAGGAUGUUCAAGAUUCACCAGUGCCAAGAACUCCAACACGAGGGGGCACUAGAUCUUCAGCCAGGGCCGUAACUCCUGACAAGAAACCUCCUGUUAAAUCACCGGUCGUCGAGAAGGCAAACGAACUCCCGACAAUUACAGAAACACCCGGCGAGGAAGCUUCACCACAAAAAGAACCUCCCAAGAAAGUUUCCAAAAAACCAGAAGAAUUAGCUCCAGUAGAAAAAGCAGCAGCUGCUGAAAAAAGUACUGAAAAAAGUUCCGAAAAAAGUACUGAAAAAGUUACUGAAAAAGCUACUGAAAAAAGUACUGAAAAAGUUACUGAAAAAAGUACUGAAAAAAUUAACGUCAGCCCUGAAAAGCAAGAGGCACACGUUAGUCCUGUCAAAGUAACACAGGAAGUAAAAACAAGUCCCGCUAAAGCAUCACAAGAAUUGAAAUCAAGUCCUGUUAAAGUUUCACAAGAAGUGAAACAAAGUCCUGUCAAAGCCCCACAGGAGGUGAAAGCAAGUCCUGUAAAAGCCCCACAGGAAGUUAAAGCAAGUCCUGUAAAAACCCCACAGGAAUUGAAAACAAGUCCUGUAAAAGCCCCACAGGAAGUAAAACAGAGUCCUGUCAAAGCCCCACAGGAAGUGAAAUCAAGUCCUGUCAAAGCCCCACAGGAAGUGAAAUCAAGUCCUGUAAAAGCCCCACAGGAAUUGAAAGAAAGUCCCGUGAAGGUACCACAAGAAAUAAAAGCAAGUCCCACAAAAGCUGCACAAACAGUCGUCAGUCCUUCAAAAUGUACAGAAACAGCUAAACCUAUCCAAGAAUCUCAAAAGAGUCCCGCUAAAUCACCAAUUCAGAGUCCAAUUAAAACUGUUCCGGUUACACAACAAAGUCCCAUCAAAUCUCUUCAAGAAAGUCCCGUUAAAUCGGAACCAACUAAAGAGAGUCCAGAAAAAUCGGAACAAAAACUCACGAGUCCUGUAAAAUCAAAUCUUUCAAGUCCCGCAAAACCAUCCGUUACAACACCCGUGAAAUCUGAUACAAAAUCCGAAAAAGAAACAAGUCCAACUAAAGAAGAAUUAAGCCAAAGUGAUGAGAAAAAUACAGAAGAUAAUAUCACGGACUUUACGGAGGACAUUGAAAUGAAGGAUGAUGAAGAGGAUCCAGGUUGUUAUGCACAUCUAAUUACAAACGAGGAGGAAAUGAAGAGUUUCGAUGAGGAAAUGGACAGUUCUGAUAAAUACGAGAAUGAAUCGAAGGAUAAGGAUGAGAGUGAGAAAAUGAAAAAGGACGAUGAUAUUAAAGUGGAUCGAAAACGAAAACGUUCACUUAGUCCCGAUGAUGAGUCAGGAAAAAUUACUUACACACCAAAAGCAGAGGAGGAACCUGAAUUGGAAGAGAGCGCAAUGGCUUUGUCAUGGUACGAUUCGGAUUUGAAUUUAAUUAUCAAGAAGGAGGGUUUCUUUUCGGCAACGCCAAUGCAUAAUGAUGGUUUCGGCUAUGUUUGGGCCGGUGCACGAGCCACUUAUGGUUUUAAUAAGGGGAAAAUUUUCUACGAGGUUAAAAUCACGGAAAAUUGUUCAAUUACCAUACAAGAUGAGGAGAAUCCACAUUUAUUGCGAGCUGGAUGGUCAGUAAUUGGAACGUCAAUGCAACUUGGCGAAGAGCCAUUGAGUUAUGGUUACGAUGGAACUGGCAAAAAAUCGACAAAUAAUGAAUUUUCCGAUUAUGGAGAAAGCUUUAGUAAAGAUGAUGUUGUUGGAUGUUAUCUCGAUAUGAAUUCAGAUAAUGUCGAAAUAUCGUAUACUGUUAAUGGAAAUAGUUCAGGACCUGCUUUUAUUAUUCCCAAAGCAGAGCUUGGUGAUAAGGCUCUAUAUCCACAUGUAUUAACGAAAAAUUGCACGUUUAUUUGUAAUUUUGGACAGGAGGAUCCUUGGAGUAGUACAAUUUUGGAUGAUUAUGUUUUCGUUGGAAAAGUUGAUGUGAAUGAUCGUGUUCUUGGACCACAGAGGCCGGAGAAACGGGAGGAUUGUGAAAUGUUGAUGCUUUGUGGUCUACCUGGUUCCGGUAAGACGUAUUGGUCCAUCAAGUACGCAGCUGAGAACGCUGAUAAAAUGUACAACAUUCUUGGAACGAAUGCUUUAAUUGAGAAAAUGAAAGUUAUGGGACUGCCACGUAAAGCAAAUCAUCAAGGAAAAUGGGAAGUUAUUGCUGAUAAAUGCUCUAGGGCUUUAACUAAAUUGGUCGAUGUUGCCGCUAGAAGGAGACGUAAUUACAUUCUUGAUCAGAACAACGUAUAUUUAACAGCCCAGAAGCGUAAAAUGCGACACUUCCAAGGAUUCCAGCGAAAAGCGAUAGUCAUUGUACCUUCGGAGGAAGAAUAUGAAGCUCGUUCGAACAAACCUGAAUAUGUCGAAUAUAAAACCAUUGAAAGUACUAUUCAGGAAAUGAAAGCUAAUUUUGUGGCCCCGGCUGUUGGCGAGUCUUUCAAUGCAGUCGAGUACGUUGAACAAGGUGAAGAGGAGGCUAAAACUUUAAUUGAAAAAUACAACAAAGAAGCUAAAGAAGCUGGAUUUGGCCAGCAGCAUGAGAAGAAACGUUCUCGUUUUGAGAAGGCCGAGCAUCGCGAUGGAUCAUCCCGAUCUAGCCGGGAUAAUCGAGAUCGCGAAAGGGAUAAUCGGCGCUCUGGAUAUUCAGAUAGAAAUCGUAAUUCAUCUUGGAGAGGUGGUAGCAGCAGCGGCGGCGGUGGCGGAGGAAGUUCCAGUGGAGGAUGGAGAGACAGAAAUCAACGUGGCGGUCACAUGAGAUACGGAGGUCCCAAUAACUGGAGAGGACGAGGAGGUCCAGGAGGUUCUCAACAUAAUCGCUCUGACAGAAGAGGAGGCAAUGACAGAAGGUCUUCAAACGAUCGCAAUCGAUCUGUGGCACGUCCCGGAGGUUGGGGUCAAUCAGGUUACCAAGGUUCACAGUCGUCUGGCAGAUGGGGAGGACAGCAAGGAAGUUGGGCCGGUGGUCAAGCAUCAGGAUGGAAUCAAGGAGGCAGUGGAUGGGAUGGUGGCCAACAGCAAUGGGGUGGCAAUUGGAAAGGCUACGGACAAAGUAGUUACGGUCAACCUGGAUAUGGCUCGUCAAAUUACGGCAAUGGAAAUUGGGGCGGCAGUUGGAACAACCAACAGCAGUAUUACAAUCAGCAGUAUUGGGGCCAAAAUCAACAGAGCGGACAAACGACAACAGCUAGUGGUCAAGCUGUAAGCAAACAAUAAUAAUCCACCAUAAUUAAUAUUGUUUUGCAAAGUGGAACAGAAAACAAAUUCAUCGUCUGUUACAUCGUCAUCCUCGAAGCGCAGUGAUGAGACUUAUUGAACAAUAGCAGACAGCGUAUAGUUUUUCCUACAAAGGACACUUGAUCAACAAAAAGAAAGUAGGAAAAAAUUUUCAAUUCCAAUGUAUAAUUUACAUUUGUUACAAGUACCUACUAAGUUCAAAAAGCACGAAUAUUGCUUUAUCUGUCAUCAAAAAUCUAAAUUACGUACACAUGACAUUAAUAAUGUACAUUAUUAAAAAUAGACUUUGAAAAAAUAAGAUUAAUAGAAAAACAAUCUCGAUUAUAAUAUAUAAUCUAUUGACUAUUUUUAUUUUUUAAAUGACGGCUCGUUGUAAGAAAUUUAUAUAAUAAUUAUGUGCAAUCAACUUUUCGAUUCACAUCGUAUAUGAAAUUUACGAAAUAUUUCUUUUGCUUAUAUCAUUUCUUUUUUAAUAAGUUAAUGACGAACGUAUGAUUGUUUUUCUAUUUACUCAUAUUUAUAUGAUUUCAUAGAUAUUAAAAGGAACAAGAAAGAAAUAAGAAACAACUUUUUUGAGUCAAUCAUAUUUAGAAUAUAAUUAUAGCCGAUUAAUGUGUACAGUAAUUAUAAUAUUAUUAUAAUAAUGAUAAUGAUAAGAGAAAAUAAUAAUCCUUAUAUAAAAUCUGCUCUGUACAGCUUUGCAUUAAUAAUAAUGAUGAUAAUAAUAAGAAUGAUGAUAAUGCAUUUUGUAAAAGCAGAGUAGAUAAUAUUCUAUUUAGAAGGAAGAUUGUUUUAUUAAAAAAAAUUACUAAGAUUUCGUUUGUUUUAGAAAUUGAUAGAACAUUAAUUAAGUGUAAGUGCUUUAAAAUAAUAAAACAACUUUCGUUUUGAAUAAAAAAUUUUACGUUUCUUUAUCUUUAUCUGAUUCGUAAAAUUUAUUAUUCACAGUUUAAAUAAAAAGAAAGGGAUGUAAAAUAAUAUUACAACAAAAAAAUCACAAAUUAAGAUUUUCAAACAACAUUAAUAAUGUUUAAGGCAUAAGAAAUAUAAGAAAUUCUAAAUACGAGAUCCGGAUAAAAGUCGAUAGAUAUGUCAGUUAUAUUAUGCGUGUGUUAGAAUUAUGUGUCACGCGGUAAGUGGCAGAUAUUUACUUUAUUUUGAACUUAGUGAAUCGAGUGUAAAUAUGUAAAAUUACACAAUUAACUCAUUUAAAAAGGAAAAAAAAAUGAUUUUUUAAAAUUUUCUCUUUAAAUAGUGAACUUGUAUUUUUUUUUUUAAUGCGUAAAGAAAUGAAAAUUUCGUUUUCAUUUUGAAGGACGUGUUAAAUAAUGUGACGUCACCAAUCAAGUCUUUAAUAUUCUAUUUAUUUAUAACUAAAUUUAAAAAAUUAAAAAUAAAUUAAUUUUCAUUUUGAAAUCAUUCGAGUAUUUAUUGAUAAUUAAUUUUGAAAGUAACAAAAAAAAUCUGUUAAUAAUUUUUUCUCUUUUUUUAUUAUAUAAAUUUACAAAAAGAAAACAUUAAACUUUAGUGUAAAAAUAAGAAUGUCACGAAUAUUUAACGAUUCGAUUCGCGAUGUCAUAAUUAUGUGUCAAAUGUCCUUAAUUAAAAUAUCUUAUGUAAAGAUAAACAUUAGUGAUAGAUGAUAAUUCAAUAAAAAUGCGAUUAAUGGAGAAA